GGGCCCGCCGUCCAGCGCUCGCCGUGCUACCGCGGCCGCCGCCAGAGGGGAGGCGCCCAGCCCGCUGCCCGCAGGGCGGGUCUAGAGGGACCAUGACCUUGGACCCCCUCAGGAGAGGCUUUCUGAUGCUACUGAUGGCCUUGGGCCUGACCAAGGGCAACCCUGUGAAGCCCUCCCGGGCCCCGCUGGUGACCUGCACAUGUGAGAGCCCAAACUGCAGGGGGCCCACCUGCCAGGGGGCCUGGUGCAUAGUCGUGCUGGUGCGGGAGGAGGGCAGACAGCCGCAGGAGCACCGGGGUUGUGGGAGCCUGCAUGAGGAGCUGUGCAGGGGGCGCCCCACCGAGUUCGUCAACCACUACUGCUGCUACAGCUCCCUGUGCAACCACAACGUGUCUCUGGCGCUGGAGGCUACCCAGACUCCUUCAGAACAGCCGAAAGUAGACAACCAGCUGCCUCUGAUCCUGGGCCCUGUGCUGGCCCUGUUGGCCUUGGUGGCCCUGGCUAUCCUGGGCCUGUGGCAUGUCCGGCGGAGGCAGGAGAAGCAGAGGACUCUGCACAACGAUCUGGGGGAGUCCAGCCUCAUCCUGAAAACAUCGGAGCAGGGGGACAGCAUGCUGGGGGAUCUCCUUGACAGUGACUGCACCACAGGCAGUGGCUCAGGACUGCCCUUCCUGGUGCAGAGGACAGUGGCACGGCAGGUGGCCCUGGUGGAAUGUGUAGGAAAGGGCCGCUACGGCGAGGUGUGGCGUGGCCUGUGGCAUGGUGAGAGCGUGGCCAUCAAGAUCUUCUCUUCAAGGGAUGAACAGUCUUGGUUCCGGGAGACGGAGAUCUACAAUACGGUGCUGCUCAGACACGACAACAUUCUAGGCUUUAUUGCCUCGGACAUGACUUCCCGCAACUCGAGCACGCAGCUGUGGCUCAUCACACACUACCAUGAGCAUGGGUCGCUCUACGACUUUCUGCAGAGGCAGACACUGGAGCCCCAGCUGGCCCUGAGGCUGGCUGUAUCGGCCGCCUGCGGCCUGGCACACUUGCACGUGGAGAUCUUUGGCACGCAGGGCAAACCGGCCAUCGCCCACCGAGACCUCAAAAGCCGCAACGUGUUGGUCAAGAGCAACCUCCAGUGCUGCAUUGCCGACCUGGGCCUGGCUGUGAUGCACUCCCAGGGUAGUGAUUACCUGGACAUCGGAAACAACCCACGAGUGGGCACCAAGCGGUACAUGGCCCCGGAGGUGCUGGAAGAGCAGAUCCGCACCGACUGCUUCGAGUCCUACAAGUGGACAGACAUCUGGGCGUUCGGCCUGGUGCUGUGGGAGAUCGCCCGUCGGACCAUUGUCAAUGGCAUUGUGGAGGACUACAGGCCACCCUUCUAUGACGUGGUGCCCAAUGAUCCCAGCUUUGAGGACAUGAAGAAGGUGGUGUGUGUUGAUCAGCAGACCCCCACCAUCCCCAACCGGCUGGCUGCAGACCCGGUCCUCUCAGGCCUGGCUCAGAUGAUGCGGGAAUGCUGGUACCCCAACCCUUCAGCCCGCCUCACAGCCCUGCGGAUCAAGAAGACACUACAGAAACUCAGCAACAGUCUCGAGAAACCCAAAGUGAUUCACUAGCUACUGGCCUGAAGCUUGACUCGUCCACUGUGCCUGCAGAGCGUGUGGGGUGGGUGCCAGAGGCUGCCCUACCUGGGUAGGGGUGGUGUGAGUACGCGUGCUGGGGAGGAGGGUGCCCCUCUAUGGGCCGCUGUGCCCGCCAGCCAGCUCAUCCAGCCAAAAAUACAGCUGGGCUGAAACCUGAUUCCCCGCCGUCUGGGCCGCUCAGAGCAGCAGGCUCCCUGACGCCUGGCUCCCUCCCCACCCUCAGGUCCUGGGGACGCAGCCCCUACCACCCCUAGGACGGGAUGCAAAAGAGGCCCCAGAGCCAGGGCGCCCAGGCCAGGGAAUCCCAGCCCCAGGCCCAGAGCCGAGGCCUGCACCUUACCCCUGCCCUCACUUAACCCCCACCAGACCUGCCUGGGUGACACAGGGCCUUGUCCAGCCUGCAGUAGACAUCCCUUCCUGCCAGGCCUCAGCCUCUGGCACAAGCCCGACACCCAGGGCCCCUCAUUUUCUCUGUGUGGGUUUCUCCGUCAGCUCCAUGAGGCCUGGGGCCUUUGUCUCUGGGACAAGACCCCACCAGCUGAGUGCCAGCCACCAACCAUCUAGGGGGAGCUGGGCCCCUCCCCCACCUUGCUCCUAGCUGACUUAUUAGGGCCUUACACCCAGGAGUCCUACUGCAGGUGUGGCAGGGUCAGAGGACAGAGGAGAGGUACCAGGUCAGAUGGGGGAGGCCCAGGGCUUUCAGAAUAACCGAAAGCUUGGCUUUGAGAAGCCAAGCACAGCUGGGAGUCAGGAGACCCAUGUUCUGGUCCUAGGUAAUCGUUCUACAUGACACGAAUGAGGCCUUCACUAUCCCACAGUCCUGAAGACCUCUGAGGUUCUUUGAAAUUUCAGCCUGUGGCAGAGCUCAGUUCCCUUCUGCUCUUUUUGCCCCAGCCCCUGGCAAUUUGCCUCCAGAUGGGGACUUGAAAAAACUUUAUCAGCUUCCAGGAGUGCCUGCAAGGCCUCCUAGACCAAUUGUACAAGCUCCAGUUCCUGCCUUAACUCAAGCCAGCAGCCCUCCUUGGGCUCAGACAACCCCCGGGCCUUGGGGCAGGCAAGCCAGGCUCCCACCCCACUCUGUGGCUUAGCCUCUGUUCAGGACUGAGAAGGGCUGAAGGCAGGCUUCCUGUAGGGCCUCCAAGGCUCAGAAGAAAUUUGGCUCCAGCCAGCAAGCCUCCAGCACCCAGGUUCCUGCUCUCCACUGGCCCCUGGCCCAGGCCCACACUCUUGGCCAGACCCCAGAGAGUGUGUCUAGGAAGAACCUGGUGGCUGUGGAGAAACACACUCGGCAUCUGGCAACCUCAAGGGUGUAUGUUCAUGCAAUGAAGAGAUGACCCCAAAGCCUGGGUGGGUGGAUGGGUUGGGGGGCGGUGGAUGGGAGGUAGAGCCUGAGGUUUGGGGGCUGGGGGGCUCACGCUAGGGACAAGGACGGUCCCAAGUUCGGAAGACCUGGCGUUUCAGCCCUUGGGGCAGGGUGCAGAAGGACCCACCGUUCUCCACAGGAGGUGACAGAAACACAGACUCCUCCCCUCUCGCUGCAAAUGACCCAGUGCUCCCACCCCACCCCACCGCAGGGCGGCUUGGCUUGCAUGCGCCCUGGCAUUUUCCCAGGCCUGGCUCCCCGAGAGUUGUGCAAGGCCUGAGGGAGAACCAGGAAGUGAAACUGGGUGAAAACAGAAAGUGAGAGGGACCUGUUAGGUUCCCAAAUGAUCACAGGGCAGUUUGCUUCCUGGCAGCUUCGUGUCUUCUGGUCACUGGACCCACUCAGCCCAGGAGUCAGUCCUUCCCAUGACAGAUUUUAUCUCUGCUGGAUUUGGGGGAAAAGAGGCUCCUCCUAGUAGACUCCAAAGCCAGAAACCAAAGGCAGCUCUCCAGAGGCUGGAAAAUGCCUGAGAGGCGGAAGGUGGACUGACAGGGGCCGCUAGGAGAAUGGCCAGUGGCCCUGGAUGGAAGGAAGUUUUGGUGAGAGCAGAGCGCCAGGUGCUUCUUUCUGAGUGCAGGAAGGUGUGCCAGGGUCCGAACUACAGCCUCUUCCUUGGAGAUACUGCUUGUGGGAGCACUCAGCUCGUGCUUAGCACAUAGUAGGUCCUUAAUAAAUCAUGCUCCAAUCUCGA